GUUAUGCAACAACAACAUUAAUCACAAUUAGCCCCAACAUACGAAAAGUGUCCAAAGCAUCCAAUAAAUGACAUUGUUUUAUUUUGUUUACAUGACUAAUGUAGAGAAGUAAUGAUAGUUGAAAUAAUUAAGCCUUUGUGCAAGGAAUGUUGUAAAUUACAUAUUCAAUGGCACAAUCAGUAAGGUACACCUGCAAACAUUGAUACUGUUGAUAGUGUUAGAGAGAUGCUAUUUAAUGAUGUUCAUAAUCUUAAAGUUAGAUUUGAAGAGUAAUUUUGAUAUGAAUAUAUUAGAGAACGAGAAAUAUUACAUCAUUUUUCAGAUGGAGAACAUUCACAAUUGUUGAAAUCAAUUCAUGUAAAAAUAGAGCAAGUUAAGAAAAAUCUUCAUUAACUGAUUAAUGACUACUGUAAUUAAUUAGAAAAAGAAAUCUAGAAAAGAAUUCAUUAGCAUAAAGUAUUUUUGUAAAUUGAAAUUAGGCUGCACAUCCAGGAGAGAAAAAAGAAUUGCAUCAUAAAUUGAAUACAGUCAUAUCUUAAUUGGAUUAAUAAGAGAAGGCUCUAUAGUCAUAAAAAUACAUCAAAGCUUGUUUGGUUGUGAUAUCUGAAGAGAAGAAUCAUGAUUUAGAAGGAUUAUCUCUUGAUAUUGAUAAUGCAUUAAAGCAUUACUUAGAAAAUAUGUUUGAUGUUUGUAUACAUGAAGAUAAAUUUUAAAAAAUUAGUAAAAUAUUUUAUAUUCUAGAUGAUGCUUUGAGUGAGUAUGUUGAAAUUCAUUAAGCAAAUUUAGGAGAAGAAUUAGAAUAUUAUACUUAGUAAAUAAGAGAAAAUAAAAAAAGUUCUGGGAUACCAUAAUAAUAAUAAAAUCAAUAGCAAUUCAAACAAAUUAAUAAGAAAUAAGAGCUCAAUCCUCCUCUUUCAUAAACCAUUCCUUAAAGUAAAUUGAAUUAUUCAACAAUUUAUGAUGCUCCUCAUUACCAAUAGAAUAUACGUAUGAUAAUUCAUUAUUUUAAUAGAUUCUUCACUUUAACAAUCCAGACUUGGUCCAACCUCAAAGAAUUAUGAAACGAGAUUGCAAUAAAAUAAUGAAAAACUGAAGUAAUUUUAUGGAUGAUAUUUAAAUUAAAAAUU